AUCAAAAUAAACAAUUCGACUUGCAGGAGAAAAGCGAUCUUGGAAAAUCUGUAACUGUGUUUCCACGCUUAGACCAGUUCUUUGACUAUGGAUCCGAGAUCAGUGACUAUAUUUCUCUCCACCCUUGGACAUCAACAUCGUAGCUCCUUCCUCCUCCCCACAAUUAGUUACUUGCAUUAAGGCAUUGAGGCCUGGAAGGGAAGAAAGCAGCAGCAUUUGCCUUUGGGAGCUAUUGGUGACAGCCGUAAAUCGGCCUUAGCGCAGCUCCUUCUUGUCUUUCCCCUCGUCGAGAAAAAAGCGCGGCGGGACCCGGGAGAUACAAGCAGGGGACAGCCGCUAAGGUCACUCACGCCACUCUGGGGCUUAGAAAAGAGCGUGGGCUACUCAGGGCUUAAUGUUACAUUCAGAAAUGGUGAGAGCAGCUUUCUGUGUCGCGGUAAAGUCUUGACGAGUACAAACGGCAAGGAAGAUCCGUUUCAGUCCGAAAACAAAACGCGUUUGGCGGCUCGGGAGGGGUCAGCUACUUCGGUUGAAAAUGUUUCGAGAGGAUCAUGGUUCUUGGAUGACAAUGUUUUUCAGCACCAUACUUUUUCUCUUCAUCUUUUCUCAUAUUUACAAUCUAUGUCUUCUUAUGGCAGGUAAUAUGAGGCUGUACAUUGUGACAGACUUCAUGGGCAUCAGGAAUGAAAGCUUUAUGAAAGUAGCAGCAGUGGGGACCUGGAUGGGAGAUUUUGUCACAGCUUGGAUGGUGACCGAUAUGAUGCUUCAGGACAAGCCUUACCCUGACUGGGGAAAAUCUGCCAGGGCUUUUUGGAAAAGGGGGAACAUUAGGAUCAUUUUAUUCUGGACAGUUUUAUUUACUUUGACCUCAGUGGUUGUGCUGAUCAUCACAACAGACUGGAUAAGCUGGGACAAGUUGAAUCGUGGAUUUCUGCCAAGUGAUGAGGUUUCAAGAGCUUUCCUGGCUUCCUUCAUCUUAGUUUUUGACCUUCUUAUUGUCAUGCAGGACUGGGAAUUUCCACAUUUUAUGGGUGAUGUUGAUGUGAAUCUUCCAGGCUUGCCUGCUGCACAUUUUCAGUUCAGACUCCCUUAUUUUAAAACUAUUUUAAAGGAGGAGUAUCACAUACACAUUACAGGCAAAUGGUUUAAUUAUGGGAUUAUAUUUCUUGUUUUAAUCUUGGAUCUGAAUAUGUGGAAGAAUCAAAUAUUUUACAAGCCGCAUGAAUAUGGUCAAUAUAUUGGUCCUGGACAGAAAAUUUAUACUGUGGAAGACUUAGAAAGCUUAAAGGACCUCAAUAGAACCAAACUGUCUUGGGAGUGGCGGUCAAACAACACAAACCCUUUGACCAACAGAACCUAUACUGAAGAUGAUAUGUUUCUACAUAGCCGAUACAUUGGUGCAAGCCUAGAUGUCAAAUGCUUGGCCUUCAUUCCGUGUUUGUUAGCAUUUACUUUGUUUGGAUUCUUCAUCUGGUUCUUUGGGCGUUUUCACAAAACUGAUCAAGGCAUGGAAAAUCUUAACAAAUCAUACACACAAAUGAAAAGGAAAUCACCAUCUGAUAUGGGAAUGACACGAGAGAACACACAAGUAUUAGCUGAAGAGCCUUUAAGCUUUGAAGAUCCCCAUUUGAUAUGUAUCAAGUCUGACUUGAGUGAGAUUGUCUUUAAUUCCUCACUCUUAACAUCUGAAAAUCUUCGCUCCCAUCUAGAUGAUCAGCCAAGUCCAUUGCAACCAAUAAGGGAGUCCACGGUACCAAAGAAUAAUCCUUUACCUAAUAAGUAAUAACAUCCCUCUUGGAAACAGUAAAACAAAGAAAUAUUGUGAGAUUUCACUGAGGUUUUUUUUUUUGUAAGUGACAGUUCAUAGUCUUUAGAACAGGAGAAAUACACCAAUGGUGCUCAAUAUGCUUUUUUUCUAUGGCAUUGUUUUCUACUUAUAUUAUAAUGUCUGUGCCUACUGUAUUAUAGUAAACAUUCCUUUAUAUAUUGCUUCUAAUAAUUGCAAUAGUGAACUAGAUGAUUUCUUGCAGGUACAAAAUGCUGCUUUGGUGGUGCCUUCAAACAUUUAAUUCAAGCAUAUAGAAAAAAAUAUGUGUGUGUCCUUAUUAAGUAUUCAAACAUUGUUUCAAACAAAAUGAUUUAGGACUUGGCCAGAGUGUUUUUUCCUUCAACUGAACUUGAUGGUUUCUUCCCCAGACCUCUUUCCUUAUCUUUAGAUAAUAAAGACAUGUGCAGCAGCAGAGCAGACUGCUUUCUGUAGUGAUGAUAAAAUCUAUGGAAGAUGCCAUGUAUCCAACAGAAGGUUACUAGAUAAGGAGAGGUUUGUAGCAUAAAAAACCUUAAUUCUUAAAAAGGAAACCCAAAAGUGCUUUUUUCAAGAGGCAACUGAAGCUCCUUGGAUGAGAAGUGAAACGUCUUCAAAGAAAAACAAGUAAGUCCAGUUGCCUCUGAAAAAAGCACCUUUGGGACAAUCAUGACCUGGAUGACUGAGAAUCUCUAUAGACUCUUAAAAAGGAAAGGUUUCCAAUAAAUAACAGCCAUGAUAGUGAUUUUGUUACUGAUUUAGAUAGUGAUUGACUUUAAUAGUUAGAUUCUAAAGCUAAGACAGAUUCAUAAUUCUGUAGAAUCAUAGUGAUAAGCUAACAUGACUUUUAAACAUGUAACUUUCUCUAGUAGUAAUUGGAAUUAGAUAAUGAUAACUAAUUAGAUCUUUAUGCAUAAAGUCAAAAUUCUACUUAAUUAAAGAAAAAUAUUUCCCUGUUUAAGAGAAAAGAUAAAAAGCAAUACUUGUGGAACAACUAGAUGUCCAGAUGAAAUCUAUGCAGUGCCAAUAUUCAUAAUAUUGGGGAUAUUAAGGAUAAUAGGACUCUCUUUGCAGAAUUUGAUACUGCAGUAUAAACAUGAAUUAGAAAGUUAAGUUUCAGUGAUACUCGGGGAUAGGCUGUGGAACAGGAGUUGUGAACAGGAGUAAAUGCAUGAAAUCAAACAGCAAGUACUGUGUUUUCUUACCUUGAAGAAUUAACAUUGUAUUCACUAAUUAAAAAGAUUCCAAUGGAGACAUGGAAUUAAAUAUUGUAUUUGGUGUUUUUUUUUGUUCUUUCUUUGAUUUGGAUUGGUCAGAUGAAUUUAUGAUAUGGCCUUCUGCAGUCUUUAUAUCCCCAAACACUUAAGGUGUCUUAACUGUAAACUUAAAAUUGACUAUAACAAUUAUUAUUUUUAAUCAUCUGCUAAUAUUUGCAUAUUUUGCUUGCUUUCAAAAAAAUUUCCAUAGUAAAAUCAUGGCUGAACUACACAUUGACUGCGUCAGUGUUGAGAGCUAAAUUUAUUGAGCAUUUGGCAGCAGAUAAAGCUAUAUCUAAAGCCAAUAGCAGAUUGAUAUUGUGCUUUGAUAUUUGCUGCAGCAAAAGAGUUUGAAAUGCUGCCAUAAUGUUCUUGCAACACUGAUGUAAUGUCAGAGCUUGUAAAUGAUGCACUAUGGUAGCUGUGCUCCAUUUUAAGCAUUUCUCUGCUGGCACAGAAAAUCUGGGCACCAGGCUAUUAGGAUCAUAAAUAUUACUGGCUGUUGGAAAUAAAAUGUGCAAAUGCAUCAAGGUCACAGUUAUCCCACUUUGCCUUCAAAAUGUUUAAUAUUUUAUCAGGAGAAAGUUUUAAUCAAAAUGUUAAUCCCUUAGAUUCUGCAACUCUCAUUAGUGUUUGGUAAGUAUAAACUUAUUCAAGCAGUAAAAAGGAUAAUCCACAUUGGCAAUCCAAUGAUCGCUGGCUAUUUAAUUCCUGUCAGAUCCAUGUAUCUGCCAUUCUUCAAUGGAAGAAGAAGGGGGGAGUUGGUACAAGUAAUCCUUUUUGAUGUAACCUGAAUAUUUUAAGUCUUGUAUUGAAUCUGUAUAACUUGCACAUGAUACACAACUGGGGGAUUGGAGCCAGAUGUCUGGAAACUUGUCACCUC